AUGCAAGAAUCCGAAGCCCUCGAGCAGCAUCUCCAAUCCCGGAAGAGUAGCCCACAAAAGCAAAAUCAAUCUCGGCAGAUCAAUGGUAGUAUCCACCGGAGAAGCACUAAUGCGUGUCGUUACUGCAAACGAAGGAAGAUAAAAUGCCAUUACAACAUCGAGAACAUGAACGGUAAAUGCGUCGCUUGUUCCAAGUCAUCUGCAGAAUGCCACUUCGAUGUUCCCCCAGACGGUGUAUUGAGACGCGAUGCAUAUGUCGCAACGCUUGAAUCACGGAUUAGAAAUCUUGAAAAGCAGCUACAAGCAAGCCGAUCCCAGCAACCCACAUCGACCACUGGCAUUUGUCUUACUCCUGAGACGAUUAUUCCUGAGCCUCGGACUCAUGGAAGUGAUGCCUCCACUUUAAUGUCGCAGGAUCGACCGGGAAUCCUUCAAAAUGACCAGCUCUCUGCGAAUGGGAGCGUUUCACAAUACAAUGGGUACCCAGGUAUGGCACAAGGCCAAUCUUUGAAACCUCCGGAACAAGUGCCUGGGGCUCUAUUUGGGACCAGAAAUGAUACGCAGGUGUCAGGUUCAGAUGUCACCAUCCUUGAGAUGGUCUAUGGACGCACAUUUGUCCCGGAGACAGCAACCGAGUCUCUCCCUGUGUUACCCUCGAGCAACGGUGCCAGGAAACUUGUUGAUGCAGCAUACUUUUAUACCCAAGCUCGAUACUGCAUCGUUGACUGGAAUCAAAUUAGUGUAUGGCAUCGACAAAGAGACACAAUUGCAUAUGUUUCUUCUCAAGAUUCGAUAAAAUCACAAACUGGGGCCUUUUUCAUCUGGAUAAUAUAUGCUAUUGGAGCCCGGUUGAUCCCGGACCCCGAAAAUUCAACAGAGGCAUAUUUUGCUCGCGCGCGGACUUAUCUCCCGGCCGUAAUGUCUCUACAGGACAUGGCGACAGUGCAAGCUCUGCUCUGUCUUGUGCAGUAUUACUUCAGAGCCCAGACAGAAUCUCCAAUUUGGCACCUUGUAGGGCUUGUUUUGCGCCUGUGUGUCAAGCUCAGAUACCACCGUAAACUUGCGGCAUCUCCCGAGUCUCGAAGUUUAGAUCCAUAUACCAUUGAGCUUAGAAAACGAUUCUUCUGGUGUGCAUACUGUUUUGAUCGAUCGUUGGCGAUUUGGUCCAAGCUCCCGUUUGGAAUCAGUGAUUCUGAUAUUGAUGCAGAGAUACCAAUUGAUAUUGACGACACGUGCAUCGACCAGCACAGAAUUCGACAAAUGCAACUCCUCCAAGGAACUGGAGCCCAAGGUAAAGAAGAGGGGAUGGUCACUACGAUGACUGCUGCUUUACACCAUUUGCGUGUGUACCGCAUCAGAUCCAAAAUAUUAACGAGGUUCACGGGACCACAUGCUCAAGUCCCCUCGCUAGCUGAAGUCCAAAAUCUUCUUUACGAGCUGGAUCAAUGGAAACAGCAAGCGCCACAAAAACGAGACUCGAGGCCCUUCCCUCAGCAAACCCCCGAUCGAGUCCAAGCUACAUACACGCAAGCUGUUCUUCUCCUAAUACGACCCAUAUUGAUGGCCAAUGAAAUUGAUCCCGAUCUAAUAGGCCUGUGUGUUGAAUUCGCAGUUGAAGCAUGCCAGGCGAUAGGUGCUUGUUUAAGCGCAUUGGCUGUAUACACGCGAGUACUGCCAGCUACUGCACCCUUUUUGCGAUUGUUCGAGGAUCUCUCCAAUAUUUUGCUCUAUGACGACAACGGGGCUGAUAUCCAUCCUAGCCAUGAAGUGCGCAAUGCAUUGAACAGGAUUGUUUCCAGUGAUCCGUCAGAAGCAUCAGGGAUUUUGCGUUCACUAUCAAGCCAGAAAGACCAAGAUGCGACAUCUGGGUCGACACCAGAGACUCUUGAAAUGGGAACGAUGGCAACUCAGUAUUACUCUAUUCUAGGUGGACAGUCCUCUGUGAUAUUCGACACCGACUUUCUACUUGAGAUGCCUCUGGAUAUAUCCCCACUUUAUGCGCCCGAUGUCGAAGUACCGGAACUGUGGACUGAGCCGUGGCGUCGACUUUCAUCCACCGAAUAUAGUCAAUGGAGCCCUCCAAACCAGUGA